AUUCACAUACCCUCUUUCUCCCCUUUACUCAAAUCUCUGCAUUUUCAUAGCUAAUCUUCCCAUUGAAUAGCAUCCAUCAUCAAUUGCAUAACAAAUUUUCCCUCACUUUCCCUCAUUUUCCUCCAUUUUCUCUUCCUCCAUUCGCCUCUUCUUCUCAAAAGAGAAGGACGCAAGGAGAUAGAAUUGUUUCAUUUUGUAAAGAUCUAGGGUUGCUUAUCCUCCUGGACCUUCAAAUCUGAGUUUCUUAACCUUAUCUCUCUAUACGUAUAUGAAAUUUCAAUUAAUUUAAGCACUGUAAAUCCAUUGAAAAGCGAAAAUUUAGAGCGCUUUGUUUUGGAAUCUAGGGUUCGGCGAUCUUUAUUUUUGGCCUGAUUUAAUUUGAUAUAAAUUAUGGAUACGAGUCCCGUUGCUGUUGGCGAUGUGGCGAUGCUGGAUGCAGAGUUGUUGCAGCUGCCGGAGGUGGCUCCCUUGGCCUUCAAAUCGUACCCAGACUUUGCACAGAAGCUCUUCGAGCAGUGGCUCGCCCUACCCGACGCUAACCGGCUGGUGACAUCAUUGCUUAAUGAUGCGAAGGCAGGUGCUCCCUUGAAUGUCUCUGGAAACUCUUCUAAUACAACUGCUACCACAAGCAGUUCUUUGCCUUCCAUGUUUCCUGGAGGAAGUACUCCUCCUCUUUCUCCCAGGAGUACAUCUGGUUCCCCUCGUAUAACGAAACAGAGAGCUGGCCCUUCUAAUUUAGGUUCUCCUCUAAAAGUAGUUAGUGAGCCAGUGAAGGAGUUGAUACCGCAGUUUUACUUUCUAAAUGGCCGUCCACCUCCAAAUGAACUAAGGGAACAAUGUUUGCUUCGGAUCAAUCACUUUUUCUAUGGUCGCUUAGAUGGGCUGCAGUUACAUGAAUUCAAAUCUGUCACCAAGGAAAUUUGCAAGCUGCCCUCAUUCUUCUCCACAGUUCUUUUCAGAAGGAUUGAUGUUAACGGCACUGGUUUUGUGACAAGGGAUGCCUUUGUUCAUUAUUGGCUAAAUGGUAAUAUGCUGAUGAUGGAUAUGGCGACUCAAAUGUUUAAAAUUCUAAAGCAACCGGAUCUCAAAUACCUCACUCAGGAAGACUUCAAACCUGUGCUUCGAGAAUUAUUGGCGACUCAUCCAGGAUUAGAGUUCCUACAGAGCACACCAGAAUUUCAGGAAAGAUAUGCUGAAACUGUAAUAUACAGAAUAUUUUACUACAUAAAUAGAUCUGGGAAUGGUCAUCUUACCCUUAGGGAGCUGAAACGUGGAAACUUGAUUGAUGCAAUGCAGCAUGCAGACGAAGAAGAGGACAUAAAUAAAGUUUUGAGGUACUUUUCUUAUGAACAUUUUUAUGUGAUAUACUGCAAAUUUUGGGAACUGGACACGGAUCACGAUUUUCUGAUUGACAAAGAGAACCUGAUCAGAUAUGGUAACCAUGCACUUACCUACCGGAUUGUUGAUAGAAUAUUUUCCCAGGUUCCGAGAAAGUUUACUAGUAGGGUUGAAGGGAAAAUGGGAUAUGAAGAUUUUGUCUACUUCAUACUGUCAGAGGAGGAUAAGUCAUCUGAACCUAGUCUUGAGUACUGGUUCAAGUGCAUAGAUUUGGAUGGAAAUGGAGUUUUGACGCGAAAUGAAAUGCAGUUCUUUUAUGAAGAGCAGUUGCAUCGAAUGGAAUGCAUGGCCCAAGAGCCUGUGCUGUUUGAAGAUAUAUUAUGCCAGAUAAUUGACAUGAUUGGACCAGAGAACGAGAGCUAUAUCACAUUACAUGACCUGAAAGGUUGUAAACUUUCAGGAAGUGUUUUUAACAUCCUUUUCAACCUCAAUAAGUUUAUGGCCUUUGAAACUCGUGAUCCAUUUCUGAUUCGUCAGGAGCGUGAGAAUCCAACAUUGACGGAGUGGGAUCGCUUUGCACAUAGGGAAUAUAUUAGGCUUUCAAUGGAGGAAGACGUUGAAGAUGCCUCUAAUGGAAGUGCAGAAGUCUGGGAUGAAUCACUUGAGGCUCCAUUUUGAGGUUAUUUAGGUUUUUGAAUGAACGCUUCAAAUUCUUCUAUGGAGAUGUGAGGCAGGGAAACAGUAAACUCAAAGGAUCAUUCUUUCAAUGGUACGUGGCAGCUAUGAACUUUUUAAAGGGAAAGUCCAAGCUCAGUGAGGUGGAAUAUAUCUUUUCCAAUUGCCAGCAGAGAAAUUAUUAAGCCUUUGUUGUGUGCGUAUUGAAAAACAAUGGAGGAACAUUACAAUGGAAGUGCUGGUUCAUGAUGCUAAAGUUACUGGAAAACAGAGAUAGUUACCCAGAGGUGAGAUUUUGAUUGUCCGGGUUGAAGUAGCUCAGAACAUUUAGUGCAUUUUUUAUUUAUCAAUUUGUAAGAUAUAAAUCUAUUGUCAAGGUCUUUCCCCUUUUAAUUUAGCAGUUGGUUCUUUUGAUACAUUUUGCCUGUAUGGUAACAUCUUGGGUGCUGGUUGGGCAUUGUUAUCAAUUUUUUGGAUUGUCAAAUAUCUAUUACUAUUUUCUUAGAGUUCCCUCCCCACUUGAUGUAUACAAAAUAGUAGCUUGUUGUCUAUUUUCUAUUUCAAAAUUUUCAUAAAAGAGUUGCCUAUUAGCAA